CCACACAAAGGACUACGUCAGACCUUUCUUUUCAUCAAGUCAGCAAAGAUGAUCUCACAAAGUACGGUUGUGUUGGUGAUCUGUUCCCUUGGGGGUCUUGCCCUUGGGCACCCAAGGUUCAUGAAACUGAUCCCUAACGGUCACAUGGUGCCAAAUCCAUGCUCCAAUAGCAGCCAUCCUUGGCACGGCGUAGGACACAACAACCGCACAGGCGGAGGUAUCGUAAAUGUGUUCGGUGCUGACUUUCUGAAGGCCAACAUGACCUGGACACGAGAUCUGUGUUUGGCUGAUUCUGACAUUGACGGCAAUUCGAAUGGCUAUGAACUUGGUGACCCCGAUUGCGAGUGGGUCGAAGGUGGGACCCCUGAAACCUUGGCAGUAUCUCACCCAGGAGUGUGUGAACCAAUGACAACCAAAACCUGUAUCGCUGUUAAUUUGAAUAUAAGAUGUAUCUAGCUUGUGACGUCAUAAAAUAGGAUUUUGUUUCGUUGUGUUUAUGUAUUGUUCACUCCGAGUUAUCGACCUUGGUGAUUUUCAAGACGGUACAGUUGCAUUUUAUAAUAGUGAGUUUGCUACAGUGAUCAUUCACAAUGAAAUAUAUGAGCCCGUCAACAUAAGGCCGCCAACAAAUGUAUGUAUGUCCCAACUAUCCCGACCGAGCCUCGUGUUUGCCUCUGUCGAUCCUACACUUAAAAAUCCCAUUCGAAUGUGCAAGGUAUGGUAAGCGUCCUUAUCACAUAACUGACCCAGUUUACUAUGUCACACGACCAUGUCAUAGAUAUGGUAUUACACACGUGUAAUAAAACCUAGAGGUGUUCCGACUGGUUAAAACCGUGGGAACAAAUUCCUACGCCACUACAGGUACUACUUUUAUUUACCCUACCACAUGAUACACCGACUGUUAUUUUAAAUGAAACUGAAAUGGUUAUUUUUUCCAUUAGUAUACUUUGCACUACGCGGAACGACAAUACUGUAACCGGAGUACUUUGGUUGUUACCUAUAUUGAGUCAACUGAUAACACAUAAUUGUGUUUGAAGGUGUUUUUUUCCUUUCAAAAUAUGAAUGUUAUUUGAUAGAUAGAAUCUUGUAUUCGUAUCAAUGUCAUAUUGAAAUUAUUGAACGAGUCUGACAUUGGCACUCAUGUUCAUGUAAGUUUCAUAGACAGGUAUCAGAACCAAAUUAAAACCCCAUAUAGCUAAUUAGAAGACCUAAAAAUAAUGAAAAAUGAAUACAAUUGGUCUGAAUAACUCCUCAUGGACCUGCCCUAUUUUUGCUGUCACGUUACCUGAAACAUACAUAUUUUUGUUUUGGCCUAAUCCGACUUUAUAGUGCUAAAAUUCCCACCGAUAACAUAAUACAAGACUACAACAUAUAUUUGUCAAUGUUGACUGUCAAUAUAUAGAUACCGGAGCACAAUUGAACGCUUGUUGAUGGACUAUUCAGAAUUAUUGAACUGUACUACAAGUUUCGUUGCUUUUAACAAAAUUUGAAAAUUCGUGGCCAAAAUCCUUAACUUAUCAGUAAAAUGAUUUCCCAACGUAGAGCCGUGUUGAUUAUCUGACCCGAUAGUAUACAGCCAUGUGUUAGGGUUCGUGACCUGAUGUAUAUUCAUGUUUUUGAUUAGCUUAAUUUUGUCUUGAGCACUGUGAGAGAACAAAUCCGUAAAACAAUUAUAAUUGAAAAUUGGACAUUAAAAGACAAUAAAAGACACACUCGCCUUUCAGCAAGGCGACCGGGGUUCGACUUCACGAUCGGGCGUGAAAAGGUAUGGGGUCACCGGCCCGACCACGUGGAUUUUCUUCACAGGUUGUAAAAUAGAGAAGGUUAAAAUUAUACAAUAAAA